UUUUUUUUUUUUUUUUUUUUUUUUUGAGUUUUUUCUUGUUGGAGUUUUUCCUUUAUCCCCCACGCCCCACUUCCGUGGUUUGGAUAUUCUGGGUGACUGCAAGAAGAGUUUUGGAGUUGUUUUGGAUUGGGUUUGGUUGUUGUUUUUUUUUUUUUUGUUCCCUUCUCCUGCCCUUGAACUGAGUUUGUCCUCUGUGCAUGCCUCUUCUGGAGCAAGGCUGGAUCCUGAACCUCGGUGCAUGUGAGGGGCAAAGCCUCGUUCAUAUUCCUGCAAUAAUAGUAAAAUGUAAAUUGGAUAAUACGACUUCUUGCCAAAGGCUCCAAUGAGUGGCACACAGUCCACAAUCACGGACAGGUUUCCUCUCAAAAAACCUUCGAGACAUGGCAGCAUUCUGAGCAGAGAGUCUCCAGCUGACAAGAAGCAGAAGGUUGAACGCUGCAGCAGCACCCACGACUUUGAUCCCACAGAUAGCUCCUCCAAGAAGACAAAGUCUAGUUCUGAGGAGAGUAGAUCCGAGACGUAUGGCCUGGUGCAGAGGUGUGUGGUGAUCCAGCGGGAUGAGAACGGCUUUGGGCUGACGGUCAGCGGGGACAACCCCGUCUUCGUGCAGUCCGUCAAGGAAGAUGGAGCAGCCAUGCGGGCUGGAGUGCAGACGGGUGAUAGAAUUAUCAAGGUGAACGGGACUCUCGUAACACACUCGAACCAUUUGGAGGUGGUCAAGCUGAUCAAGUCGGGUUCCUAUGUAGCUCUCACUGUCCAGGGGCGCCCUCCAGGGUCGCCCCAGAUUCCCUUGGCGGAUUCCGACGUGGAUCUGGCAGCUUUUGGGCAUAUGUCUCCCAUCAUGACAUCCCCCCACUCGCCUGGCACGUCAGGGAAUGCAGAAAGGAUCACCAGCCCAGUGCUCAUGGGGGAGGAAAAUAACAUUGUCCACAACCAGAAGGUGGAGAUUCUGAGGAAGAUGCUCCAGAAGGAGCAGGAGAGGCUGCAGUUCCUCCAGGAGGAGUACGGCCGAACCUCCUCCACCCGCCUGCUCAAGGAGAUCCAGGAGGCAAAGAAACACAUUCCUCAGCUGCAGGAGCAGCUGUCCAAGGCCACGGGCUGCUCUCAGGAUGGAGUCUUGUCCUCCAGGUCUGGGUCGGAGUCGCUGCAGAUCAGUGAGGGGGAGGCAGAGAGUGGGGACAGUGGCAGCAAACUGGAUUUCAGUGGUGACAGCCCCUCCAGACCCAACAGUGACAUUGCUGAUAGUCCUCGCAGUGGCCUGAAGGAGAGGAUUUAUCCAGAUGAGAGCCCAGAAAAGGCUGAGCUUCAAGAUACUGACUCCCAGUCCAGUGUUGGAAGCCCCUUGUCCCGAGUGGGCACUCAGAUCAUUGGAGCAGAGGAUGAUGAUUUUGACACGGAGCAGGAGCAGAUCAAUGGGCAGUGCAGCUGCUUCCAGAACAUCGAGCUCCUGAAAUCCCGCCCAGCUCACCUGGCUGUUCUCCUGCACCACGUGGUGUCCCAGUUUGAUCCUGCAGCCCUGCUGUGCUACCUUUACACAGACCUGUACAAACAGACCAACUCCAAAGAGACCCGGCGUGUUUUCCUGGAGUUUUACCAGUUUUUCCUGGACAGAGCUGCAAACCUGAAAGUCCCAGUUCCAGAUGAAAUCUCCUUGGAAUUAGACAGGAGACGGCCAGAACUGCUCCCUGAGGAGCUCCACCGCCAGUUCAUCCAAACCAUGCAGGACAAAGUCUGUCCAGAGGUUCAGAGGAACCUGGAGGAUUUCAGGCAGAAACGCAGCAUGGGGCUGACCCUGGCCGAGGGGGAGCUGACCAGGCUGGACGCGGAGCGGCUGCGGGACCGCAACGCCGUGGAGAAGGAGAGGAGCUGUGCAGAGCAGAUCAUUGCCAAGAUCGAGGAAGUCCUGAUGUCAUCUCAGCCUCUGGAAGAAGACAAGAGCUCCACAAUGCAGUAUGUGAUCCUCACCUACAUGAAACACCUGGGAGUCAAAGUCAAAGAGCCUCGGAACCUGGAGCAGAAGCGUGGCCGGAUUGGUUUCCUGCCGAAGAUCAAGCAAAGCAUCAAGAAGGAGAAAGAAGGAGAGGAGAAAGGAAAGAGGAGAGGCUUCCCCAACAUUCUGGGCCCCCCAAGGAGACCGAGCCGACACGACAGCAGUGCAAUUGGCAGGGCCAUGGAGAUGCAGAAGCCCAGGCACCCCAAGCACUCGCCCACAGCCUCUUCUGUGAGCCCAGAGCCCCCAGAGGCCAGCAAGCUGCGCCAGAGUGGCUCCUCCAGCGAUGGCACCGAUGCUCCCUACCCCCCUGCCAACCCCAUGUCCCCGCUGGCAGUGGGGCCCUUUGCCUCUCCGGAGGGCAGCAAGGACAGUGACACAGGUUUGAAGCAGCCUGGGGAAGCCCCACCUGCCGGUGACUCCAUGGAUGGCACUCCCCGCACACCCAACAACACCUUCGAGUUCCCGUCUCCUUUGGAAAACCUGCAGGAGGAGGAGGGAGAAUCAGAGAGGAUGGUUGACAUGGGAACACCAAAGCCUUUCCGCAAGAUGGACAGUGUUGGCUUUGCAGAUGUGCAGAGUGAGGACGAGCUCUAUGACUUCGACAUGGACAUGGAUCCUCCCAACUGGCAGCAGCUUGUGAGCAGGGAGGUGCUGAUGGGGCUCAAACCCUACGAAAUCAAGCGUCAAGAAGUGAUAAAUGAGCUGUUCUACACGGAGCGAGCCCACGUACGCACGCUGAAGGUCCUGCACAACGUCUUCUACCAGAGGGUCACCAGGGAGGGCAUCCUCAGCUCCAGUGACAAGCGGAAAAUCUUCUCCAACCUGGAGGAUAUCCUUGGGCUGCAUGUUGCACUGAACGAUCAGAUGAAAGCUGUCCGGAAAAGGAACGAAACUUCUGUCAUUGGCCAAAUCGGGGAAGAUUUGCUCUCCUGGUUUAGUGGAGCAGCAGAGGAGAAGCUGAAACUUGCCACUGCCACCUUCUGCAGCAACCAGCCCUUCGCUCUCGAGGUCAUCAAGUCCCGCCAGAAGAAGGAUUCACGCUUCCAGACCUUCGUGCAGGAUGCUGAGAGCAAUCCCCUGUGCCGGCGGCUGCAGCUGAAGGAUAUCAUCCCCACGGAGAUGCAGAGGUUGACUAAAUACCCCCUUCUGCUGGAUAACAUUGCUAAAUACACAGAGCUGCCUGAGGAGAAGGAGAAAGUUAAGAAAGCAGCAGAUCACUGUCGCCAGAUCCUCAACCACGUGAACCAGGCUGUCAAAGAGUCCGAGAACAAGCAGCAUUUGGAGGAUUAUCAGCGGCGACUCGACCUGUCCUACUUGAAGCAGUCAGAGGACCCCAUGAUGGAUGAGUUCAGGAACCUGGAUCUAACAAAGAGGAAAAUGCUCCAUGAAGGGCCCCUGACUUGGAAGGUGAAUCGUGACAAAACCAUCGAUCUGUACACUCUGCUGCUGGAGGACAUCCUGGUGCUGCUGCAGAAGCAAGAUGACAAACUGGUGCUGAAGUGCCACAGCAAGAUCCUGGCGUCCACAGCUGACAGCAAACACACCUUCAGCCCCAUCAUCAAACUCAACACUGUGCUGGUUCGCCAGGUGGCCACAGAUAACAAAGCUUUCUUCGUCAUCUCCAUGUCAGAGAAGGGGGCUCACAUCUACGAGCUGGUGGCACAGACUGUCUCAGAGAAGAAUGUCUGGCAGGACCUUAUAGCUCAGAUGGCAGGAACUGUGAAGAUGGGGAGCAGCAGAAGAGUGAUCCCAUUGCCUCAGUCAGGCCCUGGCGAAGAGGAGCGUGAAGAAGAGGAGCAGCAGAAGCUCAAAGAGCAGCAUGACAUUCCUGCCAGCAGCCUGCAGAGUCCAGAUAAAGAUUUGGGCCUGGAGUCUCCCUUAAUACUGAACCCUCAGUCUUCUUCACCCAUCAUGUCUGAAAAGGCCAAGGUGGAAGGGCUGCUGGGGGCCGAGGGACAGUUUGAGAAGGUGCAGCAGGCAGAGCUGGCACUGAAAGACUCCUCUGCCUGCUAUGAACACACAGCCACCAGCUCAGCCUCGGUGCCAGAGGGGCAGUGGGCACGGGAUGCUCUGAGGAACUUGGGGUUGCUGAGGCAGCUCUUGGUGCAGCAGCUCGGCCUGGCUGAGAAGGGGACCCUGGAGGACAGACAACGCUUGCCCAGGUUCAGGACCGUGUCCCAGGAAGCCCAGACAGAGAGUGGGAAUGAUCUGCAGCCCUCUGACAGCAGAUUCCAGCAGCCUGGAGCGGACAGAACCCUUCCCAGAACUCGAGAGCCCGCGGCUGGGCACGGCCCCCGGACUGCAGCUGAGUGCCCGGCCUCAGGGGAUGCCAUGCAGCUGGCGGGCACAGAGCCCGGUGCCAGGGGCAGUUUGCCCAUGGACAGCAUGAACCUGGAGGGCUCUGGCUCGGAGCUGGAGGGGCUGGGGGCCGAGGAGAGCGGGGAGCAUUUCUUCGAUGCUCGGGAAGCCCACAGCGACGAGAACCCCGCGGAGAGCGAGCUGCUGGACAGGAAGGAGGACGAGGAGGUGCAAAUUCGGAUCUCAGGAAAUUAUUUGAUCCUUGAUGGAUAUGGAACAGUGCAGGAGAGCUCCACGGACGAGGAGGUGUCAGCCCUGGUCCUGCAGUGCACCUCCCACGGCCGGCCCUCCCUGGACAGUGCCCAGCAGCAGCAGCAGCCCCUGUCCCCAAGGGACACCCAGUCGGACGGGGGCAGCUCCCCGUUCCCCGAGGAGCUGCUGGGCUCGCGCUGGGCAGGGCUGGAGGAGCCCUGCCCCUUCCUGGGCAGCCCUCAGCUCCCUCUGGAGACCCGUGUGCAGCUCAUGCAGUACAUCCAGAACAUCGAGGAUGCCCUGGAGAAGCUAAAGGAGGUGGAGGAGGACUACGGCAUUCUGCGACGCCAGGGGCUGGCUGGCUCAGCCUCCACAGGAGAGCCCUCAGACAAAAGCUAGUCGUGUUUCCAGGAGUGGCUGAAGACUGGAUGAAGAGAAUCGGGACACAGCACCCGCUGUCUCCCCUGUGGACUCUGGGAUGAGGGUUUGGAGCAUCCAAACAGGAACCAUUCUCUAGCAAAGUGGGCAUGGGGUGCUUUUCCUGUGGGGCAUCUGCACUAUCUCGUCAGUGAGGGAGUCUGUUCUAUUCUGCUCCUCUCCUUGCUACCAGAAAUUCUUUUUUUUUUUUUUUUUUCAGAACAGAAAAAAAAAAACCAAACCAAAUGUACAGAGCUUUGGGUGUAGGAUAUAAAAAAAAGUGUAUUUAGACAUUUAAAAGAAAAAAAAAAAUCAAUGUAUUUAUUUGACUUCAUUCCGUGUAUCAAAAGCACAUUUUAAUUUUUUUAAUCUGCCUUUUUUUUUGUUCUAUUUUUGGGUAGUGACAGUUCUGGCCCCCUGCAUGUGGCCAACCCUGCCUGGUGAGGGGACGGGGGGGACCUGUGUGCAGGAGUUUCCUCACUGGACUGGACUCUGCACUCCCUGCUGGCACUCAAACUGCCAAGAGCUACUCAUGAAGGUGUUAGGAUGGAAUUUGUGGCUGGAAUUUGUCUGUAUCCAACCAGCUGCAUGGGAAUUGCUCAUGUCACCACGUGUGGAACAGGAAUUUUCCAUGCACUAAACAGCCAGGCACUUGAGAUGGGUAAAUUCCCCUUUUCCCCUUUCCCAUUCCUUUGCUGGGAGAGGAGAAAGAGGUUCUAAUUAUUUUUUUUUUCUUGACUUUGUUGGCUUUGAUCAUUGUCUCCUUUGUAAAGUGAUAAAAAUACUUGGACCUGCAGCACUUUUGUAACUCUUCUCUGGAUCAAAAAAAAAAAAAAAAAAAGGAAAAAAAAAAGAAAAAAAAGAAAAAAAUGCAAACCCAGAAGUGUUUCAAAGAUGUGGGGCAGCUCUGCCCCUGCUUCACUACUGAAUGAAAAAGGGCUGCCAUUGGAGUUAGCCACAGGUACUGCUGAUUCUAGGGCCAGUAAGUUUUAGUACCUGAAAGUAUGUCUUGGUGAGGGCUUGGGGUGGGGUUUGGGGUUGGUUUUUUUGGGGUGGGGUUUGGGGUUGGUUUCUGUUUAAUUUUUUUUUUUUUUUCCAAUCAUUUGUGCCAAUGUGUUCUCACCCAAACGGAGAUUUGCAAACCCAGAAGGCUGAACCAGCUCUUCAGCGCUUCCUUAGGCCCGUCCUGGUGGGGUUUGCUGCUGGAAUUCCUACCAGGAUGGGGACAGGGUGGGAAUUAGGCUGUCCCAGGGUAACACGGGGCAGCCUGAGCUGUGCCUCUGCCCUGAGCUGGCCCUGCUUGGCACAGGGUGCUCCAGGCUGUCCCCAGUGUCACUGUGUGGGGCUGCUCCUGGCAGCUGUGUGAGGAACACGGCCUCUUCCCGAGUUUCAAGCUCUUUAGGGAAGCCAGACUGAGCAUCCUGCACAUCCCGUGGGUAGUCAGAGCAGUCUGCCUUUGCUCAGCACCAGGAUCCUCCUGCUCCUCUAAACCAAACGGUUUCCCUUGAGCUGCUGGCAAGAAAUCACCUCUGUCCCUCGUCAGAAAAAAAUCCCAGCUCUCCUUCCCCCCCCCCCCCCAGGAUCCUGUGAGGGAUGAGUUUGGGUAAAAACAGAGGGAGCAGAGGGGAUUUUGAUGUGGCAGUUGGAGCCAGGAGCCCUGGGAGGGUAGGGAGGAAUUCCUGUUGUUUUAGGAACACCAUCUCCCACCAGCACAGCAUCACCACUGCCAGCACCAGCCAAAGCCUUCUCCUGCAGCCUGGCAGGAGCUCCCUUUUUUUUUUUGGGAUGUCCCAAGGCCUGUCCUGUUGUGUGGGAUUAUUGUCAGUAUUAACCCAGCAGUUCAUUCCUCAUGGAUGGGCUCUCCCCUCCUCACCUCAGCCAUGCAAUUCCCCAGGUUACAAACAUCCAAACUUCCUCUGAGAAACCCCCAGGCUGGAAUGCUGCCAUGGGUGCUGCCAGCAAGAGAACUGGGCAACAGCCAGACCUGGUGUUGGACCCCUUUUUCCCCCUCACACUCCAAAAACAGGAGCAGUUAUUGUGACCUUGGUGAUCUAAAAGCUUCCCAGAGGCUUCCAUGGUUGACAGGAACUGAUCCCUGGACUCCAGAACAGGGAGAGCUCAGUCGGGCUUUAAAAGAAUGUGCUGGAAGAGCAGCCAAGGUGAGGCUUGUGGAGGCCUGGCUGUUUCCUGCUCUGUCCUCGUGGUUGAACACAAAAUCCUCGGUGGUUCUCUCCAGGUUGCCGGAAUUCCGAGGUCUGUGGUGGUUCCUGGUUCCACAGUUCCCUCUCUGCUGGUUGUGGCAGCAGUGAAAAGCUGGGAGUGCAGCGUGUUUGUGAAUUCACCUUUUUGCCUGCUGGAGUGGAUUUUUCCCCAAAUCCCUUCGUUCUGCCGGGGUGGAACGCAGGGGUGAGGGGCAGCUGCGUCCCUGUCACCUCUCAGGAUGGGUGAGGGGAGAAUCCCCACUCAGUGCCAGGCUGAGGGUGGCACAGGAGCCUCUGGAGCAGCGGGCAGGGCAGGGCAGAGAGGUUUCAGGAAUGUUGGAGAGGCCCAGCUCGUCUGAACCCGGUUUUAUGGGCGCCGUAAAUCCCGCUCUGGGCUCGGUCCUGGCUGUGCUUCCAGCUCUGGAUCAUCCUCACACACAGGGAAGUGAUGGUGGGGCAGGGAUCCCUUCACCUGGAGGGGCAGGGAAUUCCUUUUUCCUCCCUGGCACAUUGCUGCACCACAGACCUCGGGCUGGGAGGGAGGAGCUGCAGCUCAAAUGCACUGUUCAGGAUUCCCAUGGUUUUUUCCUCCUUUAAGCCAUAAGAUUCCCCUUUUAAAGUGAAAUUUUCACUGGAGGGAAGCAUUUUCAUUUGCCCCUGGUUGGUGAUGGGUUGGACAUUCCCUCAUCCAAACGGUUCUCUGGGGUUUUUGUCCCAGCCACUGUUUCCAAAAUUUAUUUUGUUUUCCCCUUCCCCAAAGAGAAGAGCAAGGAUUUCUUAUUUUGGGAACAAGGAUGGGGUAUAACAACAUCUCCUCCUGAGAGGUCAUUUCCCCUCUGCUGUCCCACAGCUCACGGACAAGCCAAAAGCUGAGAUGGAUUAAUUCUGGAAUGGAAAUUCUCCUGUAGGAGAUUCCUGAGCUGCUCUGCAGGGAGGUGGGAUGGGAAGGAGGGAAGGAUGGGGAGUGCAAACCUCAGGAGCUCAGAGGGUUUGGCUCAGCCCUCAGGCUGCACUUGGCCUGAUCCAGUGUUCUCCUAAAACCUGGAUUUUCUGAUUUCCCCUCUCCCUGCUAUUGGAAGAUUCCAGGCUCCUGUUAGCCGGUAUUUUCUCCCUCUGUUCCCCAAAGAAAUCCCUGGAUUCCCUCCCCUUCCCCAAAGGUGCCAACUGACAAGCAGAUGUACUGCAAAAGGGAUACUGCAGCCAAAACACUGCUGUUUUAUUUUGAAUUAAGUCUUGUGGAGCUCUCUUCAUACUAGAAUAUUUUUAUUUUCUUUGUACAACAUACAAUCAUGUACUCUUAACAGAGAUUUACUUUAAAGAGAAGAAAAAAAAAAUCUGGAAGUAUUCUUUAAAAAAAAAAAAUACACAAAAAUCUUUAUUAAUAAUCCUGUAUUUUUACUGAUCAUGUUUGAAUGUCUAAAAAGACUUUAUUGUUCUAAUUAUCCAGAUGUAUGUUUGUAAAAUAGCUCUUUUAUGACUUAGCUGAUGGGGUUGUAUGUUUCUGGAAUUAAAUAUUGGUCACUUAAAAAAAAAAAAAAACCCAAAAAAACAAGAAAUCUGUUUUCAGGACCUGGGAAAUAGAAAAUUUAAGCGUUUCAAAUAUCAUUAAAUAAGCUUAAAGGAAAA